UUUCUGUUCUUCUUUUUGAUAGUUGGAAAUUUGCUUCGAUUACCAAGAGGUUUCCGCUAUACCCAGGAUUCAGUGAAAAUAGUGGGAUCACCAACUUUUCCAGUGAAGGUGUACGUCCCGCUCCAUCGGAAGAGCCCGCACGUGUUGUGUGUCACGCAGCAACUCCGGAAUUCCGAGCUGGUGGACCCGUCGUUCCAGUGGCACGGGCCGAAGGGGAAAAUUGUUUCAGAGAACAGCACCACGCAGAUCACAUCCACGGGGAGCCUGGUGUUCCAGAACUUCGAGGAGAGCAUGAGCGGCGUGUACACGUGUUUCCUGCAGUACAAGCCGACUGUGGAGGCGGUGGUCAGAAAGCUGCCGCUGAAGUACGUCAUCUACGCUUACCGGGAGCCCCAUAGCUACUACCAGUUCACGGCCCGGUACCACGCGGCCCCCUGCAAUAGUAUUUAUAACAUUUCUUUUGAGAAGAAACUGCUUCAGCUUUUAAGCAAAUUGGUUCUUGAACUUUCCUGUGAAGUGUCCCUGCUGAAGUCUGAGUGCCAUCGCGUUAAGAUGCAAAGAGCUGGUCUGCAAAAUGAGCUGUUCUUCACGUUUUCAGUUUCCUCUGUAGACACUGACAAAGGACCCAAGCCAUGUACAGGCCAUAAUUGUGAAUCUUCCAAAAGACUAGCUAAGGCUAAAAGCCUCAUAGAGAGAUUUUUCAGUCAGCAAGUGGAAGUGGUGGGCAGACGCGCAGAAUCCCUGCCUGAGAUUUACCACAUCGAAGGCACUUUCCAGAUGGUGUGGAUGAACCGCUGCUUCCCCGGGUUCGGGAUAAACGUCCUGAAACACCCGAAGUGUCCUGAGUGCUGUGUGAUCUGCAGCCCUGGAUCUUACAACCCCCGGGACGGCACGCACUGCCUGCAGUGCAACGGCAGCCUGGUGUUCGGAGCGAAAGCGUGCUUGUAGGCCACUAUUCUGAGCUCUUCCGUGAUUUGUCACACACAAAAGUGUAUUUUUGAAAUAUUAAAAUGUCAUAAAUUACUAUUAUGCCAACAUUAAAUGUAUCAGAUUUUACCAAAAAA